UUUUUAUAUAUAUUGAUUUUGUAUUUCAUAUUAUUAUUCUAUUUUCAUUGAUUCUGAAAAUCGAUCGAGAUUAUCAUUUUCGCUCGUGGCUGGCUGUAAUGAUUCAUAUAUAAUAUUUAUCUGAACGAUGAUUUUGUAUUGAUUGAUUAAUUGGAUCAUAUAGUUUAUAAAUCCACCUCGAUCUUCUUCUUAUGAAUUAGAUUGAUCAACCGAUGAAUAAUAAAUGUAGUUCAUUUAUCUAUCAUUUGUUACUCUCACUCAUUCAUUUACUGUUUAGAGAACUUUUGGAAAGUACAUAACAGUAGAUGGAUAAUCUCAAAAAUACUCGGUCUUCUGGUCGUCUCUUAUAGGCUGGAUUCACUGUUGAGGAUGACUAAGGCGUGGUUGUAUUGCUUUGAUAUUACUUUAACUUUCUUCUGGCGCUGUAUUGAUUUCUGCUUUACUUUGAUGGAGGGGUUGAGUUGUAUAAUUUACUCGGUUUAUUCUUCAUCAUCUUCAUCAUCAUCUCCUCUUUCACCAUCGCCCUCUUCACCAUCAAAACCUCCAAAUACAUUAACAUCCUCCUCAACAUCUCCACUAACUCUCAACAACCCAAGCACAAACACAAAGCCUAAUCAAUACAUAUCCACCCCAUAUGCACAAACCAUGAAACUCCUCGAACCACUUAUUAAUCACUGGGUCACAUGUCUGGUGACGAUUUUCUUAGUGUAUCAGAUCGCUUUGCUGGUUUAUCGUCUUUGGAUUAGUCCGUUAGCGAGGUUCCCGGGUCCGAGGUUGGCGGCGGCGAGUCUUUGGUAUGUUCUUUUGUUUUCUUUUUGGUUGGAGGGUGGGGAGGUGGUUUGCAGAGAGAGGAACAGAGGAGAGGGGCGAUGUUGGGUUGGGUUGGGAAGAUAGGAAUAUGAAGCGAGAGGAGGAAAGGGGAAGCAUACCUUGGAUUUAUAUCUAUGCCACUAAUCCAUAUACUAAUUAUUGAUGGAUGCUGCAUGCAGGUAUGAAUUUUAUUAUGAUGUUUGGUUAGACGGACAGUAUACUUUUAAGAUUAGGGAGUUACAUGAGAUUUAUGGUACGUGGUUUCAUUUUUCUUGGGAUUUCUGCGGAUUUUGGUUAUGUUAGAGGCGGGGAGAGAUUGCUUUGUCCUUUUUCUCCUGGAUGAUUCGUUUUAGAUUCUUGUUUUUAUUUUACACAGUUCCCGUUUCCCGGGAUCGUUUAUGUUAGAUGGGAGGAGAUUGCUGCGUUCUGAUGCCUCCUCAGAGCUUGGUAUUUGAAGGUCUCGCUCUUAUUUUAUAUCCUUCGGUCUUUUGAUAGAUGAUCUUUUGAUUCCGCUUUUAUUCAUCUCUUCUUCCUGCUUCUUCCUGCUUCUUGAUUUUCCAUCUUUCUCUUCACAAUAUCCUGUCUUUAUAGUCCUACCAGUUCCUUUCUCCUCCACCCCCGGCUCCUCCCUUCAAGCACCAUACUAAACCUCUCGCCCCUAGGCCCAAUAAUCCGCAUCUCCCCCUACCAACUCCACGUCUCCGACCCCACCUUCUACGAAGAACUCUACUCCCAACACAAAAUCCGUCAUAAAUACACUUACUUCCUUGACCGUUUCCAAGUUCCCGGUUCCGCAUUCGGAACUGUAGAUCAUAAACUUCAUCGAGAGCGUCGAGCCGCUCUUAAUAAAUAUCUAUCCAAACAAACUAUUGGUAAAUUGGAACCUAUGUUAUUGGAUAUGUUGGAUAAAUUGUGUGGAAGGAUUGAGGAGUUUAGGGAGAAGAGGGAAGUGCUUGAUAUGAGGAUUGUUUAUCAGUGUUUUAUUACGGAUGUUAUUACUUUGGUUUGUUUUCUUUUUAAUUUCCCUUGCUACAUGAGAUCAUCAUAUCAUCUCAUAUAUAUCCACUGCACUUCCUUCUAUACACUAACCCGCUACUUUUACUAAAAUAAUCAACAAGUUAAACACUAACCAUCAAAUAUCAACAGUACGCACUCAAUCGUUCCUGGAACCACCUCGAUUCCCCAAAUUUCUCACCCCUAUGGGUGGAAACAAUAGCCGAAACAGUCAAAUUAGGACAUCUUCUCACUCAAUUUCCUAUCCUUUUACCAAUCGCCUUAAAUCUCCCGAGAUGGCUUCUAAAGCUUACAAAACCGGGGUUUAUUCUACUUAUGGAUUUUCGUAAGGUUAGUUUGAUUUUUGCUUCCCUUUCUCCCUUCUCUCCUAUCUCAUCCCGCCUAUUAUCCUCUUCCCAGCGCCUCCAGCAAAGAAGAAAGAAUCCAAACCUCUCACGCCUCACCUCACCUAACACAACCCAAACCCAGGCGAUAGAAAUAGACACCAAAAACAUCCUCGAAGGAAACUACAAAUUCAACCCCGACAAAGGUAAUGGACUCGACCAAACAAUCGUCCAUGCAAUCCUUGAAUCGGACGAAAUACCUCCUUCAGAAAAAGAAUUCAAGAGAUUAUUUGAAGAGGCUUUUGUGCUUAUUGGAGCUGGUUCGGAUACUGUAGCGAAUAUGUUGACUGUAGGUUUUGUUAUUUUUUUCUUAAUGUGCCAUUUUUUCUUGUUAGUUUUGUUAGGUGUGGAUAGGCUGGAAGGAUCUCGUGAUGGCCGGGAAGAGAAAGAAGAACUAAUAGUUAGUUGCUAACACUUGCGAAUUAAUUAGAACACACAUUUUCAUCUCCUGGAUAAUCCACAACAUUUGAAAACUUUAAGAGAAGAAUUAAAGUCCGUUAUGCCGGAUCAAUAUGCACGAGCUUGUUUGAAAGAUCUAGAGGGUUUACCAUUCUUAAAUGCUGUUGUUAAUGAAGGCUUAAGGUAAGUAACCUUAUAUUAUCUUUUUCCUCUUCCUUUCCCCUCUUUUCGAAUUAUUUUUGUGUAUUAUUUGCGUGGAUGGAAUACUAAUAAAGUGAAAUGAAAUGGUAGACUUUCCUACGGGAUCUCAACUCGGCUUCCUCGUAUCUCGCCGUAUGAAGUUAUGAUGUAUAAAGAUUGGGAGAUUCCUGCUGGUGUAAGUCAUAUUACCUUUUUUAAGCGAGUAUUCUUUUGAUAUUAAAGGAGACGGGACUUCCACAUAGUCUUCCUUGAGUAAAGAAACAAAUAAAUGAAUCAAAAAAGCUAAUCCCAAUGCAAUAACAGACACCCGUCUCAAUGACCUCAAUCCACAUGCAUCAAAACCCCACCAUCUUCCCCAAUCCACUAACAUUCAAUCCAUACCGCUGGCUCACCUCUUCCUCCUCUUCCUCUUCUUUCCCCUCCACACCCACCCUCAAACUCGACAAAACCCACGAAAAGUACCUCGUAGCUUUCAGUAAAGGCUCACGUAGCUGCGCGGGUAUAAAUCUAGCAAAAGCAGAGAUUCUUCUAACACUAGCUACGAUUUUUAGAAGAUAUGAGGUACAGGGACUUGUGGAGACUGAUAGGAGAGAUGUGGAUGUGAAGAGGGAUUUGUUUUUGCCGUUUGCGGAGGUAGGAAGAGGAGGGGUGAGGGUUAGGUAUUCGUGAGCGGUGGUAGGGGAGUGGUGAGUGGAUUGGUGGGAAGUAGGAGACAAAAGGAGUUGAGGGAAGGAGGGAAGGUUGGAGGGCUGGAAAUGACGAGAGCCAUGUGGAAGUGGAGAAGAGAAAUUCAAAAACGGUUAGGAAAAUUAAACGAAUUAGGGUAAGCUUAAUAGUAGCAAAGAAAGAUCUUUCCAGGAAUGACCGCUGGGAGAAGACAGGAAGAGAACAAACGAAGUGGAAGCGGGGGGAAAAAGGGAAAAAUGAUUCUGGUGAACGAAAAGUUUGAUGAGAAAGAAUUAAUGAAAUAAUCAAAUACAAUGCCUAUUUAAUAAUCGAGAAAAGAAAAUACUUAAUAUCUCUUUAUAACUGAUUAAUAGUUUAAUAUUUAAACAGGAUUUAACUUAAAGUUUUGAAGUUUCUUACUUUAUACUAAUAGAUAUAUUAGAUGUUAGGAUAGAAGAUUGAAUUUGAAUUUUGAAUUGGUAA